AUGUAUACGUGGGCAGGUGUUCAGCCCGGCGGGGGCGCGGGGCGCGCGCGUCGUGUGGGCGCUCAGCGGGACGCACCUCGUCGUCACCGGAUUCGACAAGUGAGCUAUCGUACUCGGUCUGUACAUGUAUACGUGGGCAGGUGUUCAGCCCGGCGGGGGCGCGGGGCGCGCGCGUCGUGUGGGCGCUCAGCGGGACGCACCUCGUCGUCACCGGAUUCGACAAGUGAGCUAUCGUACUCGGUCUGUACAUGUAUACGUGGGCAGGUGUUCAGCCCGGCGGGGGCGCGGGGCGCGCGCGUCGUGUGGGCGCUCAGCGGGACGCACCUCGUCGUCACCGGAUUCGACAAAGUAUCGGAGCGACAGAUUUUAUUGUACAAAGCGACGGACCUGUCGGCCCCGGUGUGUACUGUCGGGCUGGACGUAUCGCCGGCUAUUUUGCAGACGCAUAUCGACCACGACUCCGGCACUUUAUUCCUUACGGGACGUGGCGACUCGACGAUCUACUGCUACGAGGUGACGAGCGAGGCGCCGCACCUGUGUGCUCUGUCUCACCACCGCUCGCCAACACUGCAUCAGGGCAUCUCUUUCUUGCAGAAGAACCUUGUCGCUGUCGAGAAGGUGGAAUUCGCGCGAGCUCUACGACUGACCAAUGGUACCGUUGAGCCUCUAUCGUUCACAGUGCCCAGGAUAAAGAGUGAGUUGUUCCAAGACGACUUGUUCCCACCAACGUUGGUGACGUGGGAACCGUGGCUUAGCGGCAAAGAAUGGCUGUCCGGAGCCAAUGUCACGCCCAAGAUGGUUAGCUUGCAACCGCCCGGCAUGGAGCCGCUGUCGGGCCACACGGCGUCGUCGCCGGUGUCCCGCGACGUGAGCAAGCCCACCGCGGCGCUGCAGAAGCCCAAGCCGGACCUCAUCAAGUCGCAUGUACCACACGAUGUCAAGGACAAACAGGACCAGAUUAUGAAGUCAAUGAGCGCCAAGUUAGAAGUGAACAUGAAGCUGGAGCAGGACAGCAUGGAGGGCGUGGACGAGGCCGAGUGGGAACAGUGA